AUGGCUUCCUUGUCAGAGAUUUUUGCGUGUUUAGGCUGGCUCCAGUCCAGUAAUAGCUCUCAAUCGCAAGGCGAUGACGAUGAUCAAAAAGACAAUGAGCUAGGGACAUCUAGCUCUUCCAAAUACGAGGGAACUACCUUUAUUGAAGUCAUAUUUGCCCAUACGGACUUAGUAGUUACGAUUUUUGAUCGGAAGCAGUGGGCCCUCAAUUGUCAUUCUUGGCGCAAGUUUACAGAAAUUCCCGAUGCUGUUAAUGCCGCGACAGAGGCUGGAUAUAGCUACGAGCAGCUGCAGAACGCCUCAAAUGCGGUGUACGAAGGAAGAUACAAAAAUGGUACCGUGGAAAAGCUCUGUGCUGCUGCGCAACAGAAGCGGUCAGAGCGCAGACAUGCAGAGAGAAGUAGAUUAAUGGUGCAGUAUCCUGUUAGCGAGCUCAGAUAG